AUGGACGCUCUUCUUGCCUCGGCCGGUCCAUUACCAACCAAAAAACAAAAUUACAAAGGUAAACAAUCCUCUACCUACAACAAGAAAUCCGGUCCAACAUCCCAUCAAACCAUUCCUCGAGCAGAUGGUUCAUCUAUCGAUCCAUCCUUACAUUCCAUCCUUUCUUCUACUCGUAUUCCAGCGGGGUUUCAUCAAUCGAAUCUAGCUAGUGGAUCUGGUUCAGCACCUAUCAGACCUGAUACUUCGAUAGGUAGGAUACAAGAUAAGAAAUUACGAUCUAAACUUGCAAGACAGGAUGUAACUCAUAAACAAGCCAGAUUAGAUAGGCAGGAUGUCAACGAAUGGUUGAAUAAGGCCAUAUCGGGUGAUAAAGGUGGGAUUGAAGUGGAUGAAGAAUUAGGAGAGAAGACUUGGAGGGUUAAACAGAGUGAAAUUAGUGAUUCGGUCGGUGUGGGGUCGAAAGGAAAGAAAUUUGAUUUGAAGUUUGAAGGGAUGGGGAGUUAUAAAGUAGAUUAUACGAGGAAUGGAAGACACCUUGCCAUAGCCUCCUCGAAAGGGCACGUCGCAACCUUUGAUUGGCAAGCUGGUAAACUCCAUUCGGAAAUACAAUUAAAAGAAUCAAUACGAGAUAUAAAGUUUUUACACUCGCAAGAUUUCUAUGCUGUCGCUCAGAAGAAAUACGUUUUUAUAUAUGAUCAGAAUGGUGUCGAGUUACAUAAAUUGAAACAGCAUAUAGAUCCUACGCAUAUGGAGUUCUUACCUUAUCAUUACCUCUUAGCUACUGUUGGCCACGCAGGAUACCUAAAAUACCACGACACAUCUACCGGAGUGAUGCUCACCCAAAUACCCUCUCAUCUCGGUUCACCGCAUUCAAUGGCCCAAAAUCCCCAUUCUGCAAUUAUCCAUCUAGGUCAUGCCAACGGUACCAUGACACUUUGGUCACCUAACAUGACCACACCGCAUGUCAAGCUUCUUGCCCAUCGAGGACCCGUCAACGGUAUUGCUGUCGAUCCAAGUGAAACCAGUGCCGGGAGAUAUGUAGCUACAAGUGGGAUGGACGGUGUGGUUAAAAUUUGGGAUGGGAGGAUGUGGGGUAAAGAAGUUCGUUCAUGGCAUGUUAGAAAUCAAGUGACCACGUUGGGUUAUUCAGGUAUGGGAAUGUUAUCUGUCGGUGGGAAAUCAGGUGUGACCGUCUAUCGAGAUUUACAUUCUGGAACUAUCCAACAUGCGCCUACACCCUAUCUUACACUUCCUCUACCAUCACUUACAGCCUCCUCAGUAAAAUUCUGUCCCUUCGACGACUUGUUAUGUGUAGGACAUGAAAGGGGGAUAUCAUCAUUGUUGGUUCCUGGAUCCGGUGAACCCAACUUUGAUUCUAACGAGGCGGACUUGUAUGAGACAUAUUCCAGAAAGAGAGAAAGGGAUGUUAGAGGAUUGUUGGAGAAGAUUAGACCCGAGUUGAUUACGCUCGAUACGGAUUUCCUAGGACAUAUCAAUGAAUCUAGAGGUGGAGAGACGUUCGAAGAGAGGAACUCAAGGAGUUAUAGACAACUUGGAAGAUUAGAGAGACUGAGAAUGGAUGGCAAAGCGGAUGAACCUCAGAAUCAACUUGAGGAUGAACAUGAAGAAGGGGAAGGGGAAGGUGGAGAAGGGGAGACGACACAGAAAGAGAAGGUGAAAAGAAAGAUGAAAGGGAAAGGAGGAAGUACGAGCAGGUAUUUGAGGAAGAAGCAGAAGAAGAAUAUAGUAGAUAAUAGCUUGCUCGUUAUGAAAGCCAAAGUUGCCGCUCAGAAGAAAGCUGAAGAUACCAGACGUAAGAUCGCUAAUGGUGAGAUUGUCAAGGAAACGGGUGCUCUGGCUAGGUUCGGUUAG